AUGCUGACAAACUACUUAUUGUUUCCUCGCUUUGGAUUUGCAAGAAUGGCGGAGGUUUUUAGCGCAGGUUUGCAUUCCAUUGCUUAUGUUACUGCUCCAUCGGAAGAAGUUGCCAAAAAGUUGGCACAUGGUCUUGUUUCAAAUAAACUGGCUGCUUGUGUGAACGUUAUUCCAAAAAUAACUUCUAUAUAUGAAUGGAAAGGUGAAAUCAAUGAAGAUUCUGAAGUUCUUAUGAUGAUUAAAACCCGAACAUCAAAGGUACCUGAAUUAACAGAAUUUGUGAAGAAAAAUCAUCCUUACGAAGUUUGCGAAGUCAUUUCUACUAAGAUCGAAAAUGGCAAUGGAGACUACUUAUCGUGGAUUUCAAGUGUAGUACCUGAAUGA